AUGCGCCCAUCGCUCCAUCCGAAAUCAGCUCUGGUUUUUUGCGAAAAAAGCUUCCGUUAUGUCUCUGUGCGGACCAUACGCACCCGCGUCGCUUCCUCAACUCGUCCUCUCUCGGCCCCCGUGACAGAUACCCUGUCCGUAGAUACUGCUCCGAGCAAACCGAUACCACCUACCGUAUGCGUCAUACAGCAGUGGAAAUACCCCAUUCGCGGCGGACAGAACCUCUCAGAACGAUAUGCUCGGCUGGAGCGCUCGCUGCGCGGCAAAGAGGCGUACGGGGCGCGGAUAGGGGUGCUCCGGGUGGAGGCGGAGGGCGCGGUGGGAAUUAUGGCAGAGCGGAGUGAGGAAGAGAGCGCGCGGCGCUUGGGCGGGGGCGCAAGUGGGAAGCGGGUGCAGACAUUCAAGGGCUUAGUUAUACCCGAAGAGCCGCGUGCACCAGAGUCCGAAGAAUGCUGCAUGUCUGGCUGUGCGAUAUGCGUGUACGAUUUGUAUACGGAAGCCCUGGCAGACUACACGCGUUCCAUAGAGACUAUUCGCAAGUCACUUUCUGCGCGCAGAGUACCCGAGGACCGGUGGCCUGCGAGUAUCCGGAGUUCUCCGAAGGAGGACACCGAUUUGAAGGCGAAGCGGACAACUGCAAACGUGAGCCUGAGCACGUUUGAAGAGCUAGAGAGGCGGUUGCGCGCAAAACAUGAGACAGUCAGUGUUGGUUAG